AAAUGCUCUUUCGUCACUUGGACUUUUUCUUCUUGACCACCUUCUUUCAUGUCGACCGUCCCUCCAGUUCGCUCGACGCCUUCGUCGAUGGAGACUCUCACUCCCCCUAUUACUCCGAAGCUUAAUGCAGACACUACCUCACAACCCUCAAAGAAGUUUAUUGACGAUCCCGAGCACGUCCCUGCGGACGUUAAUAUUCCAGAUAACUACGUGUCCUACACUCUCAAACAUCAAAAGUCUCUUCCCCCACUCAGUUGGGACAACUUUUACACAGAGUUAAACUGGUUACACGUUGCAAUUCUCGCCGGCACGCCUGUCAUCGGUCUCGUCGGCGCGUACUACACUCCCCUUCAAUGGAAGACCGCCGUUUGGUCAGUCGUAUACUACUACAUGACCGGCCUCGGCAUCACUGCUGGUUACCACCGGCUAUGGGCACACCGUUCUUACAACGCGUCAAAGCCUCUUCAGUAUGUUCUUGCAUUCGUCGGCGCAGGCGCGGUUGAAGGCUCUAUCAAAUGGUGGUCACGAGGACACCGCGCUCACCAUCGUUACACCGACACCGACCUUGACCCAUACAACGCACACCGUGGUCUUCUUUGGUCACACAUUGGAUGGAUGGUUGUCAAGCCCCGUCGCAAACCUGGCGUUGCUGAUGUUAGCGACUUGACGAAGAACGAGAUUGUGAGAUGGCAGCACAAAUACUACCUGAGCCUGGUCGUGAUCAUGGGCUUCCUCUUCCCCACUGUUGUGGCUGGACUUUGCUGGGACGACUGGCAGGGUGGCUACAUCUACGCCGGUCUUCUGCGUCUUUGCUUCGUUCACCAUUCCACGUUUUGCGUGAAUUCGCUCGCUCAUUGGUUGGGUGAAACACCAUUCGACGACAAACACAGCCCUCGCGAUCACCUCGUAACUGCCCUCGUCACAAUCGGUGAAGGAUACCACAACUUCCACCACCAGUUCCCCAUGGACUACCGUAACGCCAUCAAGUGGUACCAAUAUGACCCUACAAAGUGGUUCAUUUGGUCGUGCCAGAAGCUUGGCCUCGCAAGCCAUUUGAAGUCCUUUCCUGACAACGAGGUCCGCAAGGGUCAGCUUACCAUGCAACUGAAGCGUCUUCGCGAGACCCAGGAAACCCUGUCAUGGCCUACUGAUAACAGUGACUUGCCCGUCAUUUCCUGGGAGAGCUACCUUGAACAAGCCAAGAGUCGUCCGGUCAUCUGCGUUGCUGGCUUCAUUCAUGAUGUUUCAGACUUCCUUGACGAUCACCCAGGAGGCCGUCACUUGUUGACGAAGCACAUCGGCCGAGACGCUACCACAGCAUUCUUUGGAGGCGUUUAUGACCACAGUAACGCCGCACACAACCUCCUUGCAAUGAAGCGCGUUGGCGUUCUUCACGGUGGAGCUCCACAUGGUCUUGAAGAUAAGAUUAUCCCUCCAAGCCAGCGUCUUCGCAUUGCACGAUACAACGAGAUCGGUGGCAGCGGAUACAGCUCGGCAGCCUUCUCUGACGGCGAGGGUCUCCUUGGGUGAUACCCUUUCCGGCUCUAGAUGCACGUCCAUUCAGGAUAGAACUUUUAGACUUUUAUUACAUUCGACCCGCACCUAUUGACUCUGCAUAUAUUCUCUUGCUCGCAAUACCGGCUGUGCCAUAAAAAGCAUGUUGACGCUUUUCUCCCAAUUUUUCUUCAUACGAUACGCACGGCUCGCUGUUACGCCUUGUCAUGUUUGCAAUGGUAAUACGAAAGGAGAAUGUACGAUAUACAUACUUUGGUGUGUUAUACCUUGACGGUUGGAACUGCGUUGUUAUCGCACACCAGGCAUGAUUACAUAAUCGAUUUCGGAGGCGUUGCUGACUAAGCUAAAUCUGGUUUUUGCUAUCAUUUUCUCACCU